UGCGCAAUGGUUCUUAGAAUUUUAAACUGCUGGAUGCUCAGCUUUGCCUUAUUCGUUCUUGUCAACUGCUGGAUCCUUCCUCUCCUAUCUCCUUUCAUCCGUCAAAACCGCUUCUUCUGGUAAUAAUUUCGAAGCACAUAACAAAUCAAUGGCUUCCGUAUUUAAUAGCUCAACAAAUUAAAUAAACCGCAGAAUCUAUCACUGCUAUGGUUCUCAUGCAUAUUUGAGCUCCAAAACAGACAGUAGCUUCAACCAGUUCCGAUACUGACUAUAUAAUUAGUUGCAGAAAGCAAUGGAUCCUGAAUUGCGUAAACUUGCACAAAAAGGGAUGAAUCCUGAUUUGUACGCAGCUGCACAGUUAGGUAAUUGGGCUGUAAUUGGAAGAUUUUCGGGCAAGUUCCUGGCUCAGAGGACUCCAAAAAGAAACACUGUCCUUCACGUAUUAGCCCAGUCCCGCGACUCUGCAAAUGUAGUCCAAAGCAUCCUAGCGCGAAAUUGCUGUUUGCUAAUGGCAAAGAAUGCUCGUGGUGAGACUGCACUUCAUCUGGCCGCAAGAAAGGGGCAUUCUGGCGUUGUUCGAGCACUUAUUGAUUAUAGUAAACAGAACAAAAGAUGUUGGUUUUGUGCCUGUUUUGUCGACAGAUGCAAGAGGAUGCUGAGGAUGACUAAUGUGGAUGGAAACACAGCUUUACACGAGGCAGUUAAGAACAACUUCUAUGAGGUUGCUAAGUUGUUGGUUCAACAAGAUCCUGAGUUCAGAUAUCGGCCCAAUCAUGCUAUGGAGACUCCUCUAUAUCUCGCAGUUGAGAAGGGAUAUCGGGAUUUUGCGGUUCUGAUUUUGACGACUUCCAAGUCACCAGCUUAUCUUGGCCCCGGUCACAAAACCGCCCUUCAUGCAGCAGCAAUAUGGAAUUUGCCAGAACUCGUGGAGCUGAUUUUGGAAAAGCUGCCUAAUCUUAUCAAAAAGGUGGAUAAAUUUGGAUGGACUGCACUUCACUAUGCUGCUAAACUCAAUCAUCCGGCUAAACUCAAUCAUGAAGAUGUGGUAAAGCUAUUAUUAUCUGCUAAGAGGUCUACGGCUUAUGUUGCUGCCCGCAAUGACGACUCCAGGACUGCUCUACAUAUAGCGGUCAUUCAUGGACAUGUUGCUGUGGUGCAAGAGCUGUUAUCCCAUUGCCCAGAUUGUUGGGAGAAAUAUACUCACAGACGUCAGAAUAUCCUUCACCUUGCAGUAAAAUAUGAACAAAGAGAAAUGCUCGAAUUCGUCCUGAAAAAAUCUUGGGCUUCUGAACUUAUCAAUCAAAGGGAUAAUACAGGAAAUACUCCUCUCCACCUCUACGUUGCUACCAAAAACUUAGAUGGGAGUAGCCUUGUAAAACACCCUUCUGUCGAUGUCAAUUCUUUUGACAAUUCGAACUCCACGCCUUUAGACAGAAUAUUACGGGCAGAUGAACUUUCACAAAGACAGGUAUAA